AUGGCCUUGGAAAAAGUAGGCCAUUACACCUGUCGAAUCAGAGACUUUGUGAUGGGAGCAGACAGAGCCCUGGCAUUUGCUGGUGCUGAUGUGAUUCUUGGCAGCACCUCGAGCAACGGCUCUUCAGCGCAGCGGCUCUUCAGCGCAGCGGCUCUUCAGCGCAGCGGCUCUUCAGCGCAGCGGCUCUUCAGCGCAGCGGCUCUUCAGCGCAGCGGCUCUUCAGCGCAGCGGCUCUUCAGCGCAGCGGCUCUUCAGCGCAGCGGCUCUUCAGCGCAGCGGCUCUUCAGCGCAAGGCGCAAGGCGCCGCGCAAGGCGCCGCGCAAGGCGCCGCGCAAGGCGCCGCGCAAGGCGCCGCGCAAGGCGCCGAGCAAGGCGCCGAGCAAGGCGCCGAGCAAGUUUGUCUUCUGUUCAUCCUGCACAACUACUACUACUACUACUGCUACUACUACUACUACUACUACUAAUAAUAACAAUAAGAAGAAAAAUAAUAAUAAUAAUAAUAAUAAUAAUAAGAAGAAGAAGAAGAAGAAGAAGAAGAAGAAGAAGAAGAAGAAGAAAAAUAAGAAGAAGAAGAAGAAGAAGAAGAAAAAGAAGAAAAAGAAGAAAAAUAAGAAAAAUAAGAAGAAGAAGAAGAAAAAGAAGAAAAAUAAUAAUAAUAAGAAAAAUAAUAAGAAGAAGAAAAAUAAUAAUAAGAAGAAAAAUAAUAAUAAGAAGAAAAAUAAUAAUAAGAAGAAAAAUAAUAAUAAGAAGAAAAAUAAUAAUAAGAAGAAAAAUAAUAAUAAGAAGAAAAAUAAUAAUAAGAAGAAAAAUAAUAAUAAGAAGAAAAAUAAUAAUAAGAAGAAAAAUAAUAAUAAGAAGAAAAAUAAUAAGAAGAAGAAAAAUAAUAAUAAGAAGAAAAAUAAUAAUAAGAAAAGAAAAAUAAUAAGAAAAGAAAAAUAA